AUGCUCCUAAGCUGGUUUUCGUUGCUCCUGGCGCCAUGCCUGGUGCUGGGGGAUACCCUCACCUACAAAGGAGCCGACAUUUCGUCCCUCCUCAUGCUUGAGGCCCAAGGCAAAACCUACAAGACUACUGGAGGCGUCACCACGCCACUGGAGAAGAUACUGUCGUCCUCAGGAGUGAACUCGGUCCGCCAGAGAUUCUGGGUCAACCCCAAGGAUGGCAACUACAACCUCGAUUACAACCUGAAGCUCUCAAAGCGGGCCAAGGCAGCCGGCCAGAGUCUCUACCUGGACCUCCACUUGAGCGACACAUGGGCUGACCCAUCCCACCAAGACGCCCCCGCCGCCUGGGACGACUCCACGAUCGAGAAACUAACCUACACGGUAUACAACUACACCCUGCAAAUCUCAAACGCCUACGCGAGCGCCGGCCUAACCCCGGCCAUAAUCUCCAUCGGCAAUGAGAUCCGCACGGGGCUCCUCUGGCCCCUGGGCGGAACAUCAUCAUGGUACAACAUCGCGGCGCUGCUGCACUCGGCGGCCUGGGGCAUCAAGGACAGCAGCCUCAACCCCAAGCCUCGAAUCAUGAUCCAUCUCGACAACGGCUGGGACGCCGGCACCCAGACGUGGUGGUACAAGACGGUCCUGGGCGAGGGCCCGCUGACCACCUCGGACUUCGACAUGAUCGGCGUCUCCUACUACCCCUUCUACAACGCGCAGGCGACCCUCGCGAACCUCAAGAGCUCCCUCGGCCAGCUCGCGUCCGCGUACGGCAAGCAGAUCGUCGUCGCCGAGACCAACUGGCCCGCCAGCUGCCCCAACCCCAAGUACGCGUUCCCCGCCGACACGGCCAGCAUCCCCAAGAGCGAGGCGGGCCAGUCCACGUGGCUCAAGAGCGUCGCCGACGUCGUCAGGGGCGUCAAGGGCGGCGUGGGUGUGUACUACUGGGAGCCCGCCUGGAUCGGAAACGCCGGCCUGGGGUCUAGCUGCGCGGACAAUCUGCUGGUGGACGGGUCUGGGAAGGCGAGGUCCGGGAUCGCGGCUCUGGGCUCCAUGUAG